AUGCACGAGUCCAAGGAGCAUGAGAUGGUCGAAAAAGUGCUCAUGGAGGUACGGUACAGGAAGAAGACGGAAAGGAGCGAGGAAAGGAAUCAGGAGAGCAACCAGAAAAGCAACAAGAAAAUCAACUCGGUUGCGCCGAGAUUUGUUGCAGCAAAGAUGAAGCACAAAACGGCGCUCCUUGCCGACCAAGAGGUCGAGAAAGCGCUCGAGGAAAUAGAGGCGAAGCGUGCUGCAAUUAGGGAAAAGCAUGCUGCCAAGGAGGCUGAAGAAAGACAGAAGGCGAGGGAAACUCAAAAAGGCGAUGACAGGGCUGGCGAUGAUGGUCACUGGGGAUGA